UACCCGGGAUGGCGGCAUCAAGUGGGGCAGGCACUGGUGCAGGUGGCGGAGAGGCAGGUGGCAGGGGCGAACCCCGCGGAGCGGAGGUCCCGGCCGCUUGAGCCCCGGGUCGGGGCGUGACGGUUAUCCCGAAAGGCGGAGCCCAGCAGGCCUUUCCUCCAGCCGCGCUGGGACGCUGGUUCUCUUCUGCUUGUGCCCUACAGUUUUCAUCCUUCUGUAAGCUGUCACCAUGACCCUGACAAAAGGUUCCUUCACCUACUCCAGUGGGGAGGAGUAUCGUGGCGAGUGGAAGGAGGGCCGCAGACAUGGUUUUGGUCAACUGAUGUUUGCAGAUGGUGGCACCUACCUGGGUCAUUUUGAGAAUGGGCUCUUUAAUGGCUUUGGGGUACUGACCUUCUCAGAUGGCUCAAGGUAUGAGGGGGAGUUUGCCCAGGGCAAGUUUAAUGGCGCGGGAGUCUUCAUUCGACAUGACAACAUGACCUUUGAGGGGGAAUUUAAAAAUGGCAGAGUAGAUGGUUUUGGCCUGCUGACUUUCCCUGACGGUUCUCACGGAAUACCCCGCAACGAAGGUCUGUUUGAGAACAACAAGCUGCUGCGGCGUGAGAAGUGUUCCGCCGUCGUUCAGCGGGCCCAGAGUGCCUCCAAGUCAGCCAGAAGUCUCGCUGCCUGAUGGGGUGACAAGUAUUGGUAAAGCAGAUGCCCCACUAUUCACUCGGGGUGAACAAAUGAAUCAGAUGCGAGAGGAGAGCAGAAUGACCUUGGAGCAGAAGCCUGCUGCUGUGUCCCAUCCCCUGCCAGUCAGGGAUCACAGGGAAGCUCCAAGAACUCUGGCCCGCAGGCCCGGCAGCAGUGGUUACCGCGUGUCUUUCCCUCAUCUCACUUCUUGGUACUCUCUGUCCCUAACACCUGGGUUUCCCAAUGCAGACCUGCGCCACCCGCGACUUCAUUUUCUGCCAGGUGAUACAGAACCUCUACAUUCUGCCUAUCUUUGGGGCAGGUGAUCCUAGCUUCAAAUUAGGGCCAGUGCUGUGUGCUACCCUGGAGAAACAAGGAAAAAGAUAGGGGUGGCUUAGCUAGGACAGCAGGCCUGUGAAAGCCAAGGCCAGAGCUUUUCUGUAUGUUACCCCCUCAUUCGCUGGUUGGCAGUAUGGCUCCAGGCUCCACUGUGUCUGACCAGACUAGUAUCUGUGUCUGCUUAUUCCCCCUGGGAAGGAUUCUGGAAAAGCGCCGUUUCCCUCUCCUUAACUUUACAAGCUGUCUUCCUCACCUGAGUUCCAGCAGAUACUCCCCAUUUGUGCCUCUCUCCUUCCUUAGGUAUGAGACGGGAUCCCUUUAUGGGAUAGUCAAGAAAGAAACUGAUGUAAACAGUCAUCUUACAACUUACUUAAUAACUUAAUAACUUACUCCAGGGCAAAAGGCAGACGUCUCUGGGCCACUUCAGGCCCUACCACGGAGGGAACUGUAUCCUUAGCGCUGACACAGCUCCUUCCCAGUAGGCCAGUAGUUUAUGUAGAAUUGGACCCAUCCUAGGAUCAUGGUGAACUAAAAGAGCAUUUGGCUCCUUGCAUUUGGUUCACUGUAAUUCUCCCACCAUGAGCCUUGGCCAGCAGGCCUGGGGAUCACAUCUUGACUGAUAGGAUCCCUGCCCAGUUACCAUGGAGGCCCUCCAGUUGCCCUGUGACCCAAACACGCCCCACCCCACCACAGCCCCAGUCCCUAUCUUCACACUGAAUGUCUCAACAGCAGAUUGUGGUGGAAAUUAUAGCCGUGUGCCUCUAUUUAUUCUCUGAAUUGUACUGUAGAAACAAGUGUUUAUGAGGAAUAAACAAAUCACCAGGACUGCC